AUGUGCAUAUGCAAUCCCGGUUGGACGGGAAAAGACUGUGGUAGCCAAAUUACUCUAAACGGUUGGUCUCCUUGGACUGCCUGGAGCCUCUGUGAUCCGCCCUGCCAGUCAACGCAUAGCUUUGCGUGUGAAGAUAGCUCGCCGUCAGAAGAAGCUAUACUGCCCAUUGCCUCGCUGCCGGGCAAGCGAGAACGAGUCGAGAAAACUACAGAGCAAAGCUACUUCAGUCCGAUCCACUUCAACCGUCCGAUUAGGAUUCCAGGCUUGCGAUACAGGCAGCGAAAGCGCUUCUGCUUCGACUCAGCGAGUGACUGUUGGAGGCCGGAAAGGCUGGAGACCAGUUGGUACAAUAGGUCUGUUUUUGUGGAGACUGAGCAACGCAUUUGUCGGCCACGACCCUGCGAUCGCUACCUGAGGGUCAGUCAUGCAGGCUCAGGACAGAAGAGACGGGCGACUAAAUCGGCCUCAAUUGAGGUAUGA